AUGUCAAACCUCUAUCGCUCCGCUAUUAGCGCAAGGAUAGCUAAGCUCCCACCAUCAACUAUAUUUCCUGAUGAAGACGUCGACGAAGAAGGGGAGGGGGCCGACACCAUCGGCAAUCUACCAGGGAGCGGCCUAGGACCUCCAGCGAUGCAACGUUCGCCAAACCCAAGCUUUUCACCCAUCUCUGCGGCCGGAUUCUUCGCUGAGGCUGUCCAGGUCGCAGUACCCCAUCGUCAACUGGAUUCAAGGGUAUAUUACACGGCGCCGAAGUCUCAGAACGGGACGGUGAUGAUAUGCCACCAUGGCGCGGGAUAUUCGGGUCUGAGUUUCGCUUGCUUUGCGAAGGAGGUGACGGACGUGACAAAGGGAGAAUUGGGAGUCCUUUCGUUGGACGCACGCCGUCAUGGGAAGACGACGUCCUCUAAUGUGGAUGAUGCGGAUCUGUCGAUCGACAUUCUCAAAGCAGACUUCCUCGGGGUAGUGCAAGCUGUAUUCCCCGAUCCCUCGACAGCCCCAACUCUCUUGUUAGUUGGUCAUAGCAUGGGUGGCUCUGUGGUCGUCCACAGUUGUGCCGCGUUAUUCGAAAAGAAAUAUAAGGUAGGAGGUGUUGCGGUUCUUGACGUGGUAGAAGGAUCGGCCAUUGAGGCUCUACCUCACAUGCACAGCUUACUCAACGCUCGACCAGAGGGCUUUGAUAGUAUGGAAGAGGCGAUCGAGUGGCAUGUAAGCACAAAAGCCAUCCGCAGUGCAAAUUCCGCUCGAAUAUCUAUCCCAUCCAUUAUUCUUCAUGACGAUACUGCCGUGAAGCCAUAUCAAUGGCGCACUCCGCUCCGAUCCACUGCGCCUUACUGGUCAAGCUGGUUUAUGGGAUUGUCCGCCCACUUUCUGGCUGUGCGCACCGCGCGCCUCCUUGUCUUGGCUGGUACCGAUCGUUUAGAUAAAGAACUUAUGAUCGGUCAGAUGCAAGGAAAGUUCCAGAUGGUCGUCGUUCCUGGAGUUGGGCAUAUGCUCCAAGAGGAUGACCCGACGAGACUUGCUGAAAUUUUGGUAGAAUUUUGGAGGAGAAAUGAACGUGUUACAAUUGGCGUAAAGAAAAUUGGGGAGUUGUAA